CAACCCUGAGGCCAAGAGUUUCCUGCCUCUCCAACUGAACCAGCCAGUCACCUCUCAGCUGGGUUUUGUAAAGCCUCACAUCCCCAGUGCCUCCCACAAAGCCAAGCAUUCAGUAGUUGCUCAGUGAACUGGUUGGAAUGAGGAAAUGGGGUAGAAUCAAUCAUGUUUAGUAACUGUUUUGUGGGGAUGGCGUGAGGCGGGGGCAGAUGUUGGAAGACUGAGCUUAUGAUCCUGUGGGUACGGGAGUGGAUGGGGCAGAAUGGGAAAAGCGGUCUAGCUGGGGACGUGUUAAUUGUGGAGAGUUAAGGAAGGUGCAGGUAGAAGGGCCACCGUCAACCAGAAACACGAGGGUGGGAUCUGACUCAUCAGGGUAGGAGCAGCGGGCAGACAUCUGAAAAUGAAUGAACUUGUCCUGUAAAAACAGGCGGGAGAGCAAAGGUUCAAGGACAGAUCCCUGGAGAAUGCCAGCCCUUAAAGGGACUGGGGCCAGAAGAGACUGUCACCAAGAGAGGGAAACAGGGAGAGUCCUGACUCAGAAGCCACAGGCAUUGGCCGACAGUAUCAAAGGCUUCAGAGUAGGAGGCAGAGAAAAUAGACGUUCCUCAGGUUUGGCGCGGCUGCUGAUGGCUUCAGGAGGAGGAGGAGCCAUUUCUGCAUGAAAAUCCCGGUGGGAGCCGGGGUGGGGUCGGAUAGGGCACUGAUACAGAAGUGUGACCAGCGGAGGUGGACAUGCAGGGAUGGCCCGAAGAGGAGGUGGAAGCAGAGAGGGCUUUGUUUUGGGGUGGGGUGGGGGGAGAUCGAAGUCUGUUUAGUAGGAAUGAGGGGGAGAGAGUGGGAAGAAGCAGGGCGAAGGGGGAUCCCUGAUCGGAAGGGUCCUGGCGAGGGGAGUGGGGAUUGAUGUCCGGUGGAAGCACUGGAGGGAACAGGAGGGGUGGCUGAGUCUAGAUGGGGCAAUCAGGCAGCUCCAGUGUUUUCCUUGCAGAAACAAAGGGACAGUGACAUUGAUUAUGUGAGUUGCUCAAGGUCUCUGAACCAAUAAGAACGGAGCUUCUGCUUCUCCCCGCCUUGGUCUUCCUAGACCCUUGCUCGGGGACAGUUGACCUUAUCCCUUAGCUGGGCCCCAGGGCUCCAAGGGACCUGGCAGCACGCUGUGCCCUUGGGCGGGUGUGCAUUCCGUUCCUCCUGCUUCAGGUAGCAGGUGGGUGCCUGCUGUGUGUGAGGCGGCAAGUGUCCACCCAGCCCGAGGCCCAGUAGCCACUUCGGGGGCCUUCAUGCUUCACCCUGUGCCCUGGGCUCUGCCCUCCAGCGAGGUCCGGGGCCGUGCUCACGGCCUCAGGUCAGCGAGGGACUGCUGUGCUAUUUAGCAGAGCACCUGAGAGCCCGCGGGCUUCCUGCCCCAGGGUCAGCUUUGCCUAGUGUGUCGGGGAAGCUGGUCACCUUGGUGGCUGGUGGCAGGCAGGAGCUGCUGCAUGUUGGACAUGAGUGGAGCGGAGUCCUGCUCUCUGGCUCAGGUGGCCCGAGGCAGCCGGGAUGACAGCUCUCCCCAGGAACCCUGCUACCCGCUGAGAAACAUGAUCAGCAAGUCCCGCUGGAAGCUCCUGGCCAUGCUGGCUCUGGUCCUGGUCGUCAUGGUGUGGUAUUCUAUCUCCCGGGAAGACAGUUUUUAUUUUCCCAUCCCAGAGAAGAAGGAGCCAUGCUUCCAGGGGGAAGUGGAGAGGAAGGCCUCUAAGCUGUUUGGCAACUACUCCCGAGAUCAGCCCAUCUUCCUGCAGCUGAAGGAUUAUUUCUGGGUCAAGACACCGUCUGCCUAUGAGCUGCCCUACGGGACCAAAGGGAGUGAAGACCUGCUCCUCCGGGUUCUAGCCAUUACCAGCUACUCCAUCCCAGAGAGCAUCCAGAGUCUCAAGUGUCGCCGCUGCGUGGUGGUGGGGAACGGGCACCGGCUUCGCAACAGCUCACUGGGGGACGCCAUCAACAAGUACGACGUGGUCAUCAGAUUGAACAAUGCCCCUGUGGCUGGCUACGAGGGCGACGUGGGCUCUAAGACCACCAUGCGUCUCUUCUACCCUGAGUCCGCCCACUUCAACCCCAAAGUGGAGAAUAACCCAGACACACUCCUCGUCCUGGUAGCUUUCAAGGCAAUGGACUUCCACUGGAUUGAGACCAUCCUGAGUGACAAGAAGAGGGUGCGAAAGGGCUUCUGGAAGCAGCCUCCCCUCAUCUGGGACGUCAACCCCAGGCAGGUUCGGAUUCUCAACCCUUUCUUCAUGGAGAUUGCAGCGGACAAGCUACUAAGCCUGCCCAUGCAGCAGCCGCGCAAGAUUAAACAGAAGCCCACCACCGGCUUGUUGGCCAUCACGCUGGCCCUCCACCUCUGCGACCUGGUGCAUAUUGCCGGCUUUGGCUACCCAGACGCCCACAACAGGAAGCAGACCAUUCACUACUAUGAACAGAUCACACUCAAGUCCAUGGCGGGAUCAGGCCACAAUGUCUCCCAGGAGGCCUUGGCCAUCAAGCGGAUGCUGGAGAUCGGAGUAGUCAAGAACCUCACAUUCUUCUGACUGGGGCAGAAGGUGUAUCCACCCGUCUGCCCAUUCUGCCGCCUGAACGACCCCAUCCGUGGCUGUGGGGUGCCUGGUGACCCACUUGGACUCCCCCUCCCCUGUGUGGAGAGGGGUCCUGGUACUGGCCGGGCCUGAGUCAGGGCCGUGCCCCUGGCUGUUCUCAAGGCGGCUGGAUCUGGUCAGGGUGGAAGCCCCGGGGUGGCUGGAGGCCAUCCGAGGCACGGGCUUUGUGCCGUGGUGCCCCCUCUCCACCAGUGCUGGGGGCUUAUUUAAUGGGCUAUUUAAUUAAAGGGUAGGAACGUGCCACGGGCUGGUCCCAUGGCGUCAAAAAAGGGGCAAAAUACAGUGUUCUGCCCACUUUUGAUAAAAACACAAAAGUGCAGGGCCUGCUAAAGCCUAGCCCCAGAGCAGGCCUCCCAGGAGGGCAGGGGCGUCUGGAGCGGGUGGGUGCCCUUCGAAGAGGGGCUGCUACCUCCCAGCAGGCAUGGGAAGAGCACUGGGAUGGGGGUCCCACAGAGAAUGGGGCCUCAUCUAGAAAAGAGGUUUGAAACCUAACAUUAAACUAUUUUUCCUAAAAUGGGAGCAGUUGUAACACCCUGUGUCCUUCAGGUUGGGGAGGACAUGGAUGGGGGCAAGUGGGUCAUGGCAGGAGGCACCCUCUCCUAGCACUAGACAGGCUUGUUAAAGACCAGCAGUGUCUCUGGGACCCUGUGGGACCCAGAGGAGGCCACGGUCAUUCAAGAAACAAUUAACUGGGUCCAGUGCUUGGUGCCAAGUCAUUCAUUGUCACCCUGGUGAAGCAGGCAAGUAGGUGGCACCCAGAGUGGGCUGUCUGCUGGACACCCAGCCUGGCAUUCUACAUCCUGGUUUACAUCCCAAAGGUAGGGAGAGGCAAGAGGAUGCCAGAUGGGAGUGGCCGAAACCCAUCCUCCUCUCCCUGCUCCCUCUCUCUCCCCCUCCAGGCCUUCCUUUCUGAAACCUCAUGCUGGGAGGUGUGUGUUUGAGGACAGGGGUGGAGUAAGACCAAGGAAGCCAAGUUUCCUUUCUCAGAUUAAGUGGGAAUCAUAAAAUGGAGUUUACAGAAGGUCCUGCCCAGUGGCCCAGGCUGCCAGCAUUGGGAUGGGCAGGGUUUGGGCCACGUCUGAGGGAUUUGGCAAGGCCUUUCCAGCCGGUUGCCGGGCCAGAGGACAAAUGCUGUUUUCCCUGGGUUUCUAGAAUUAGGAGAGCCCUGCCAUUUGCCUGUAUCUCCCUGCUUUGUUCUCCAUCUUCCCAGGCCCUGCUUAGCUGCCAACUGGGCAUCUUUCCACCCCCACAGCUGUUCUUUACAUCUGGAGCCAGAAGGGAGAGCUGGAACUCCCCCACAGGGAAUGGGACUCACAGCUGUGUUCCUGGCUUUCUCGGAAAGAGUUGCAGCCUUGAGGUUUUGAGACAGUGAGACUGGGACAGGACAGAUAAAGAGGGGCAGAGAUCUGGGAGAAGCAGGGGAAGAUGACCCACUUCUGGGCCGAACGUUGGAGAAGCCUUGCAAACAACCAUCCUCAGGCCACAGAACAGUCCUGAGGACCAUCCCUGGGCAUAGAAUUUCCUGCUCUCUCAAAAGCCUGCUGGCAUUACUUUGCUAACCGCUCUCUCCCUAGGGGAGAGGGGGAGUCUGAAAGCAAAUACGGCCCCAGCCUCUGCAGCCCCUAGCCCUCUCCACUCUACAGGGGCAAGCUUUGUCUCCCAGGCUUUGACCUGGGUGUUGGUGGGGGGGAGAGUGGGGGACAACCUGUUGACUCCAGCAGGGGUAUGAACGUGUGCAGGGAUCUGAGUUCUGCUUAUCCCUGAUGCCUGCCUAGCAGCUUCUCGUGAGGGUAUUCAAGGGAGUGUCCAUUUCCCCAUCCAGGGCCAUUGAAAGUGGCUGUCAGCACAUAUGAUCCAGCUGUCCUGGAUUGGGGCCACUGCCUGUUACUGAACACUCCUAAACUUGAGCCAGAAUCGAGCACACAGGGAUGGGUCAAACUCCCCACGCCUCCCCCCAAACUCCACACACAUGCAUAUAGAUGAGGGAGCGUUUUACAUUCUUGUUGGGUUACGCUUCUGAUGCCAUAUGCAAUGACUUUCACAAUUAAUAUUGAUAAGAGUGUCUGUGGGGAGGGGACAAACACAUCUAGACUGGCCAUUGUUCCUUUGGGUGGGCUCAGCUCUCCCCAGUGUGCCCCAGCCCCAAGGCACAUUGCAGGGUGCCUUAGUACCGGUCCAAUGUCAGAGUCAGAACGGGGAGUAGAGCUUUGAUUUGGAGCGGCUGGAUGGGGUUUUCGGUGUUCUGAAAAAGGGACUUCGUUCUUCCGUUAGCUCAACAGUGGGAAUGAACUGCCUCCCUGUCUGCCUGGUACUGAUUAAACAAACGUGCCCUGAAAAUGAGUCAGGAGGGGAAGUAGGGAACACGAUGCGAAAGCAUGUGAGUGCACGUCUACGCAUCCGGGUUCCACACCGGGCUCUGGCAUGUCAUUCUGUAUGACCGUGGGUCAGUCAUUUCUCCAUGUCUAUGCUCCGAUUCCUACACUGAUUGAGCUGGGAGGGUGGUCCAGCCAUUGAGGACCACUUACAACAGAACCAUCUGGGGGUGAUUUAAGAAUGCAUACCUGGGUCUUAUCCAGGCCGCGGGGGAGGCAGCCCAGGAAUCUGGAAAUUUAACAAGCACCCAGCAUCACUGCUCCAGCAGUCUAGACUCCAGGAUGAGCUCACGGCCUCUCUCAACUCCAGGGUCUGGUCUGCGCGCACAGCCCAACCUAAUCCCUGGUGUCCUUGAACGGUGUUAAUUAGGCGCACGCGCGCUUCUCUCCCGCUGGCCUACAGGCAGCGGAGCAGCUACGGCGCUGGGCUUGCCCCGCCCCCAGCGGCUGAGGCGGAGGCCCGGGCGCGCAUGCGUCGUGGGAGCGGGUUGUGGGGCUGCACGAGGGGCGGCAGGGGGCAGCAGCGCUGGCCAGUGUGGGAACCGGGUGGGGACGGGCGGCGACCUCCCGCAGUCCACCCUGGAGUCCUCUGGGGCACUCACCCCAGCGCCCCGCCUCCUCUGAGGUCGGCGCCUCCCUGGCAACCAGCUCAGGGCCUGGCGAUGGCUGCAGAGGGAGGCCUGGUCGGAUUGGGGGAUCUGGGCCCCUCUGCCCGGGUUUGCUCAGCAGGUGUAAACCAGGGUUCCUCUGGCUCCGGCUGGGCCUCCUUCACGUGACCUACGUUGACUUCACCUCAGAGGCCUGAGCGAAAGGGACUUCGACCGCGAGGGAGUGGAAGAGAUUUGCAUCCAGUGUGGACAGAGGGGGAAACUGAGGCCCGGAGAAGUGAAGGGACCUCCAGCGCGACCUAGCUGGGUCAGACAGAGUUCAGGCCUUUUAUGUAGCUCAGGGGCACAUUUAAAUAAAUGAUAUUCUAUAUUCACAUCA